GGAGGAGGAGCUAAGCGCGCGCUGUGCUCCGCUUCGAGACCUAAUCCUCAAUGACAGACGAGCUAAAGACAUCGCAGCUUCACCGCUGCUGACCCAACACGAUUAUAACCAUGAACUCCGAUAUAAGCAGCCCUCCGGCGAACAUUCUGGAAUAUCAGAAUGGGCACAAAGAUGUUGACACAAACAGCGUUGAAGACGAGCCCCUUCUCAGAGAAAACCCAAAGCGGUUUGUUAUUUUCCCCAUUCAGUAUCCCGACAUCUGGAAAAUGUACAAACAAGCCCAGGCUUCAUUCUGGACGGUUGAGGAGGUGGAUUUAUCGAAGGACUUGGUUCACUGGGACAGCCUGAAGUCUGAAGAGAAACACUUCAUAUCCCACGUGCUGGCUUUCUUUGCAGCGAGUGAUGGGAUAGUCAAUGAGAACCUGGUACAGCGGUUCAGUCAAGAGGUGCAGAUCCCAGAAGCUCGCUCCUUCUACGGCUUUCAGAUCCUCAUAGAGAAUGUGCACUCCGAAAUGUAUAGCAUGCUCAUCAACACCUACAUAAGGGAUCUAAAAGAGAGGGACUAUUUGUUUAACGCGAUUCACACCAUGCCUUGUGUACGGCGGAAAGCGGACUGGGCCUUACAGUGGAUCUCUGACACGAGCUCAACGUUUGGAGAGCGGUUGGUGGCAUUUGCGGCGGUGGAAGGCAUCUUCUUCUCUGGAUCAUUUGCUGCCAUCUACUGGUUGAAGAAAAGAGGCCUGAUGCCCGGACUCACCUACUCCAACGAACUCAUCAGCAGAGAUGAGGGUCUGCACUGUAAUUUCGCGUGUCUGAUGUACAGCUACCUGCUGAAGAAACCUUCUGCUGACAGAGUGAAGGACAUCGUCACAAAAGCUGUGAGCAUUGAACAGGAGUUCCUCACAGAAGCCUUACCCGUCGAUUUAAUCGGGAUGAACUGCUCUCUCAUGAAGCAAUACAUUGAGUUCGUGGCUGACCGGCUGCUAACAGACCUAGGGUUGCCCAAAGUUUACAAGUCAGAAAACCCUUUCGACUUCAUGGAGUCAAUUUCACUAGAGGGAAAAACGAAUUUCUUCGAGAAGCGAGUGGCUGAAUACCAGCGACUUGGAGUCAUGUCAAACGUGAUGGACUGUGAAUUCACCCUCGACGCAGAUUUCUAAGCAUGAACUAGAAGAAAAAUAUUAUUUAUUUUUGGGACAGUCUUGACGGUCAGCCAAGAAGAAAGUAAACAAUAAAAGCUUUUUAGGUGUUAUUUUGGUUUCUUUUUCUCAUUCAACAGGUGCAAAACUUCGAGGUUUUAAAUCUUUUGACAUUUUACUUGAUUACUGUAUUUAAGAGUACUUUUGGUGGAUUUAUUCUUCACGCAAGUGCAAUUUAAACUGACUACUUAUCUUUACAGUACUAUACACUCCUUAUGCGUUUUAUUUCAACUUUAUUUCAUUCAUCAUAUUUUCUUUUAUACAGUAAUCAGGUACGUUUGAGCUUCAAAACUUUGAUCAGGGAAGUGUCUGUCUUCAAUUUUUUAAGCCAUUUUAAUUCAUUAUUUUUGUCCGUUUUCAUACAACUGUCUGUGCAGAAUAUUAGCUGAAUGCAGGAGAUUUAAUGCAAAUAAAUCAUGAGAUUUUAAACACGUUUAAUAUUUUGAUGCCCGUGAUCGCUUUGUAUUUAUUAAAUGUUACAACUCUCCAAAAACAUUGGAUAAUGAAAAGUGGACAAGUGGUAUAAUAAUUAUGUACCGAGUAAUAAUAUGGGCUGUCCAUUAAUUGUUUUAGAAAAAAUUUAAAUUACAUAAUUUGCCUAUUAAAUCAAAGUAAAUUAAAAUCAAUUUACAUGCCCAUAUAAGAAAAUAACAUUUAAUGGGCCAAAUAAACAAUGAGAAAAGUUGAAUGAUUGUUAAAAACAGCUCAUUAAAUAGAAAGGACGUGAAGUCAGUAUUGCGUGUUUUAUUUCCAUGUCAGUCAACAUUAACUCAACAGUGUACUUGUGUUCUGUAUAGAAUAUGUUUCUUUCUGUAUCACAUCUCGUUCUGAAGAUGAAAAAAGGUCAAUUCUGUUAUUAUUUUACUGAUGCACAUGUCAUGACAGAGGUUUCUUUCUUCAGAUGGACAAUUUUUUUGUCCCUGUAAUACAGGACCCCUUCAAUAAAAGCCACAAAGUGUAAAGAGA